ACACAUUGCAAUUUAAAUACUAAGAGGUGGUGAUAUAUGGUUCACAAAGCCACACUAUAUUAUUUCAUAUGAGCUAUCAGACACAAAGAUCUAUAUUUAGCAAGUGUGUAUGUGUUAGUGUGUGAUGUAACAACAGUUCCAUUGCAGGAAAUUGAGGGUCCAACCAGCAGUGCUUAUGAACAGUGAACACCAACAAGAAUGGGGACUGGUACAAAGCUGCUUCUUUUAAUUGCAUUUGGUUGUGCUGCUAUUUCCAAUGUACUUCUCCAAAUGCACAAGCUUGACAUUGUUGAUAAACCUGGAACUGAUAAGCCUGUCAGUACAAAUGAUUCAGGGGUUCAGACAGCAGCGAAGAUAGCCACCUAUGAAUUUAACAACAGAUCAAAUGACAUAUUCCUGUUCAAAGUAUCUGCUAUUGACGAGGCAAAGGUUCAGGUUGUAAAAGGAAUAAAAUACAUCAUGGAAGUGAAGAUCACACGCACCGUGUGUCGCAAAAAAGGGAACCCUGACCUGGAAAAAUGUCAGUUUCAACCAGAUGGGAAACUAAAGCAGAUAUUCAAAUGCCAUUUUGAGGUCUGGUCCAUUCCUUGGUUGCACUGGAUGAAAACCACUGUUCUGAUCUGUCAGUAAAUGGAUGCUCUGUGGAGAUGCCUGCCUUCGUGAAUAUCACUUGUGAACUGUUUUACGUACAAGCAGUACUGCGACACAGUAAACCACACUUAGCUCUCAGUAGUUCACAGUUUUCACUGUUCAUUUGCUCAUGCAUAUUUUGGGUGCAAUCAUUACAAUCCCAAAGUAUAAUUAUCUAUUAUCAUUUACUGAAUUUGAAAACAACAUCCAACAGAGACUGUAGUGAAUUUAUGCUGAAAAUGACAAACUCAGAACCAUCCUUUUUUAUUUUUAUUUUAUUGGCAAGUACAUAUUUAUUACUUUCUGAUGUCGGUGACUUUUGUAUUGUAGUUGCUAAAAUACAGUGCAUAUAUAUUGCCAUUUUCUGUGAAUCUGACUUUUCAUUAUAAAAUAAAACAUUCUCCACUGUUCUAAAGAUA